ACUUAAAUUCCGUAUUCUUGCCACUAGUUUCAUACUAGCCUACGUCGCUGAUAUCACCAGGAGAACGCAGUGUCAUGGUCAGUCUAUUAUUCCCAUUCUACCAGCUAUAAUAACCUAAUGGAAAAGGUAGAGAGGUUACGAGGUCAUCUGAGAGUGAAAAUAURUUCAGAAGAUUGUGUUUCCCAACUGAUGAGGACUGGCUGAGGAUGAUGAAGAUGACGCAGAUACAGGGGACACCCCAGCAGUGUCAGGGGCUGCAGGGACCUCUGUGAUUGUUGACCCUACCUCAUCCCUGAUCUCCCCAGCUCUGCAGUGGCUCACCAUGGCCACUCGGAGGACACCCUUGGUCCAAACCAGCUUGGUCAAAGACUUUAACCACUUCAUUACCUGCUACCUGUGCAGAGGUUACCUGAUCAAACCCACCACGGUCACUGAGUGCCUGCACACAUUUUGUAAGAGCUGCAUCAUCCAGCACUUUGAAGACAGUAAUGACUGUCCCAAAUGUGGCAUUCAAGUCCACGACACGAACCCUCUAGAGAUGCUAAGGUUGGACAAUACUCUUGAGGAAAUCAUUUUCAAGCUUGUGCCUGGAUUACGAGAAAAAGAGGGACAGCAGGAGAUUGAUUUCUGGAGGAAGAAUAAGUCAAAAGAAAUUUCACAAGGAGACGGCCUUGUGUCUAAGAAGCUUGGGCUCAGUGAUGAGGAUGGGGAUGAAGAUGACCAGGAUUACCACAGGAGCGACCCCCAGAUAGCCAUCUGCCUCGACUGUCUCCACAACAAUGGCUAUGCUGCAGACAACACAGUGAAGUGUUUAAUGAAGAAGUUCAUUCAUUGCUCUAGUCGAGUCACGGUGGGAACCAUCAAGAAGUUUCUCAGUCUAAAGUUAAAGCUUUCUAGCUCGUGUGAGGUAAGACCGCUACAACUGUUUUUAUAUUAUAAUGUACAGUAACUUCACUUUUAUUAUGAUGAUGGGUUUAGAAAAGGGAGUAAUGUAAAUAACGUGCCUUUUGUGUUUUCUUGCGCAUGUGUGCGCUUUUGUUUGUUUUGUGUGUCCAGGGUCAUCUGGCAAUUCUGGCAAAUGCCAGAUGGGCUGGACCAUUUUUUUUGUUGGGUGGGCUGGUCAGAGUUGACACACACACACAUAUAUAUAUAUAUAUAUCUAUUAUUAUAACGUAC